UUGUCCAAGCGUAACGUCAUGGAAAGAGUUACUUUGUUGCGGCUCGCACAGGAAGGAAUAACCCCUAAGAAACAACACUGACCAGGGAUGUGGGUUGAUACUUUUGAGCAGGACACUGUUUGGUUUCUGAUUUGACUUUAUUUUCCAAUUUAAAGCAUCGACUGAAGAUGCGCAGGAACCUGUUUACAAGGAAAACGCUGCAAGUUUCAGUCUGAGGGAAUGCGGAGCAGGCUCACAAUGCACCGGGAUACCAUUACUCAUCCCUCUGUUUUUCUCCACGCCGGGACACUUUGUUUUCAUCAUUUUUUCACCAUGGAGCGUUUUAGGAUCUGUAAUGGCAAACAAGGGUCCGAUGAGUGAACAAAGCGAGGCUGCAGCCCUCUUUUUUAAAGGAUUAAAACAACCCACGGUGCUUUUGGAGGAGCCUUUCGGUGAAACCAGUUUUGUACCUGUUGUGUUUGUGAUGUAAAGAGAGGAAGAGAUUCCUUUAUGUUAUGAGGAAGUUAUUCACCUAUAGAGCCUUUAUAGUCUGACAUUGUUGACUUUUAAGCACAAGACAAAGAGCAAUAGCCUCAAUGGGCUGAGGAUGCUAGUGGUCAAAGUAGGUAUAUUUUAGACUUUUUUUGGCGGAUAGAAGUAAUAGUUUUACUGCUUUCUUCUCCUGUUUAUUCUAAGUGUCAGAUUAUUCAAUUUAGUCAUAGGCUACUGUGCUGUUGCACACCUGAUACAACAGCUGCCAUGUAAUUUGAGAAGAGUUUAAUUAUUAAAGAGAGCUAGUGUCAGAUGUUUCCAAAACAGCAUGCAUCAACACAGUAGCAUUAUUAUAGUCUAGACACUAUGUGCAUGUAGGUUUUCUUGAUUUUGGACCCACUGGAGAAUCAAGAUGUCAAAAGCCAAAGCACUCUACACUUUUCAAAGUGAAAACAAAGAGGAGAUCAGCAUCCAGGAGAAUGAGGAACUGGUUAUCUUCGACGAGAAAUCAGUGGACGGCUGGUUUCAGGGGGAGAACAGCCGAGGGGAGAAGGGUCUAUUCCCAGCAUCCUAUGUGGAAAUUGUUCGCAUUCGCUCAAACUCUAACGUGACGAACAGCUCCAUAAGCCCAGCAGGAUCCUUAGGAAAUGACUCCUCUUUUUUAUCAUCAACCCCAAACACCUCUUUGACUUUGCAGUCGAAUAUCUAUGACAACGAUGAGGAUGAUGAUGAUGACUGGGACGACUGGGAUGACAGGUCCACGGUUGUGGAUGAUGGUGACCACAGGAGCCCUGGGGCCAAUGGACACCUCCAUCACAGCCCACUGUCCAACAAUCCCAACGUGCACUACCGGGCCAAACCACACAUGGAGAGACAGGACAGCAUCUCCAGCUCAAGGAAAGGCAGCAUGGUGGGCAGGAACUUGAACAGGUUUUCCAGCUUUGUCCGCUCAGGGGUGGAAGCAUUUGUGUUGGGGGAUGUACCCAUGAUGGCAAAAAUAGCUGAGUCAUACACCAUUGAGAUGGGUCAAUUGGGGCCAGUUUGGCAGGCGAGCCCACAGCCUUUCUCCUGCUCUGUUGAAGACCCCACAAAACAGACAAAGUUCAAGGGUAUCAAGACGUACAUUUCCUACCGCGUCACGCCGAGCCACAUAGAGCGUCCCGUGUACAGGCGUUACAAACAUUUUGACUGGCUGUACAACCGCUUACUGCACAAGUUCACUGUGAUCUCCGUGCCUCACCUGCCUGAGAAGCAGGCCACUGGGCGAUUUGAGGAAGACUUUAUCGAGAAGCGCAAGAGACGACUGAUACUGUGGAUGAACCACAUGACCAGUCACCCAGUCCUCUCCCAGUAUGAAGGCUUUGAGCACUUUCUGAUGUGUGUUGAUGACAAGCAGUGGAAACUGGGCAAAAGGCGGGCGGAAAAGGACGAGAUGGUUGGUGCCCAUUUCAUGCUGACCCUUCAGAUCCCGAACGAGCACCAGGACCUUCAGGACGUAGAGGAGCGGGUCGACACCUUCAAGGCCUUUGCUAAGAAAAUGGAUGACAGCGUGAUGCAGCUCACACAUGUUGCCUCGGAGCUGGUUCGUAAACACCUGGGCGGGUUCAGGAAGGAGUUCCAGCGGCUGGGAAAUUCUUUCCAAUCGAUUAGCCAUGCUUUCACGCUGGACCCUCCCCACAGCUCUGAGUCCCUCAACAAAGCCAUCUCCCAUACGGGCCGCACCUACGAGAACAUUGGAGAGCUGUUCGCAGAGCAACCUAAGAAUGACCUCUUCCUUAUGCUGGACAAGCUGUCCCUCUACCAAGGCCUGCUCGCCAACUUCCCGGACAUUAUUCAUCUACAGAAAGGUGCCUUCGCCAAGGUGAAGGAGAGCCAGCGGAUGAGUGAUGAGGGGAAGAUGGACCAGGACGAGGCUGACGGCAUCAGGAAACGCUGCCGGACGGUUGGCUUUGCCCUGCAGGCGGAGAUGAGCCACUUCCACCAGCAGCGAGAGGUGGACUUCAAACAGAUGAUGCAGGCCUACCUCACGGAGCAAAUAGCCUUUUACCAGCGUGUUGUCCAGCAACUGGAGCGCACCCUGCGCAUGUAUGACUGUCUGUAAAGACACCAAACUGCUGCUCGGUUCAAGAUGCCAAAAACUAGAGAAGAGAAGGAAAGGAAGAUUUUGACUUUUAUCAACACAUUUUGAGGAGGAUUGGAAGAGUCGGAAAAGCAGAGGGUUAAGCAAUAAUUACUGGAACGACGUACAAAGCCAGUCUUUCACUUUGACGGAUAUAAAGUCAAAACAUUUUGAGAGCUACUGUACCUUUUAUAUUUCUGAGAUACACAUCACAUAGGCAAUGUUGCAGCAUAUUGUUUAUUUUACAUAAUUUAAGGUGAUUGUAACAUUAAAAUAUGAAUUUAGGUUACAGAUUUAUACCUGAUCUGUAUUUUAUUGUGCUACAGUGUAACACCAUGAAACGGGUUCUGUUUUGUCCCCUUCUCUCCAACAUCAUGCACUUUGGAUUCUCCUGGGAGUGAUUCAUGUAGCUUCUAAAAUGUACAAUUACCAAGGAAAACUACUAUAAUAUUCUGGUUCGUUAACCAAUAUCAGAAACACAUUCCAGAUGCUCUUCAACUGAUCAUUUUAGGAUUUUAUUGCAGUCACUGGCAAUGAAAAGAUAGAAUUUUUGGCCAAACCAAUACAAUUAAAGAGGCAAUGCACCCUCCUCUUGCUCAGAUGUUCACUGCAAUUAAAUGCAUAUCAUUUUGUCUGAUAUCUCCUAGUACAAGUCACAAAUAUCUAUGUUAACUUUGCACCAUGUGGAAGACUUACUGAUAUGAUAUUCAGUUUAACAAUGACUUGUCACGUCCAUUUUCACGCAGAGAGUGCCUUUACUUUAUCUGAGGCAUUCUGAUGGAAUAUCUUUAAAAUGGACCAUUUGUCUGUAGUAUGGCUUGUGUUUUAUAGUGGGAAUUAUUUCGAAUGACUUGCAUUUAGUAAAACGUUUGCACAUGUUUUUUAUACAGUAGUGGGUUAUACUGUGGGGUGUGUGUUUAUGUGUGGGUGAGUGAGAUGAACUGCUGUGCUGAUCGAUUCCUCUUUCCAUGGUGUAAAACUAUAUGUUUGAUGUGUAGCAGAAGGCCUAGCCAACAAGUAUGAACGUUAUCAGACAGCUGAGGUGGAUGAACUGGUUGUGUGAUGCAGACGAAAAUGUUUGUAUUAAAUAAUUUAGUUGACAGCAGACCGACAACUUCCUGAGUUGUGUAGUCACAUUAUAUCAGAGUAUCCCACAAUUACUUUAAAUUAUUUGUCAACGAAUCAGGUAACACAGUGGAGAUUCAACUAGCAGGGGGUUAGCUUAGCUUAUCAUGAGGACUGGAAACAGGCUAACAACAAGACUGGCUGUGUCCAAAACUUGUCUCACUAUUUAAAAAUGUCAUAUUUUGUAUUUAUUUAAUAUGUACGAAACCAAAGUGUUAAACUUUAAUUGGUUGUGUCAUGUGUUAAACCACAGUCUGGAUUCUGGUAGACAGAAUGAGUCAGCUGUUUCCAGUCUUUAUGCUAAGCUAAGCUAACUAGCUGCAGACUGUAUUGAUCCUGGAGAUAUCAGGCAAAGUGGUUUCAAUCUUCAACACACAUAUUACCAAAAUGUUGAGCUAUUUCUCAAAGAUAAUAUAUCUUAAUUAACUUCUUACAGCUACGAUUAUGUUGAAGUGUCACGUUUUACAUUUUGUUUUUUAGAUUAGGUCUCCAAAUUUUCCACACAAUAUGAGUUAUAAGUGACAGUAAGGAUUCAAUUUCCACAGUUUGAAUACGUGUUGAUUUCUUAACAACAGUUGCUCCUCUAACAUUACUCAUCCUGCUUAACAAGAAAGAAAAAUAAUCAUGGCAACUUGCGGUUGACGAGACUAGUGUGUCAACAUUAGAGUUUAAUGUGGAGUCUGUGUUGCAUUAUCAGCAUUACAUCGAGUAGCGGAGGGAUAUUUUUCGUGAGCUUUACACGCUUUUCCUAGAGCAAUUUCCAGUGUUUAUUCUUCAGCUGUGAGACACUGAUAAUUCAUCUUGAUGGAAGAGGGUCUGAUCUGUCAGUGGUGUGUUUGGGUGUGGAUGAAACGUUAAAAGAAAAAUGAUUUUCUGACAUCUCUGCCUGGUGUUCAUGAGUGUCAGAAUUUGAGUUUCAAGCCUUAUUAUGGAUCUGCCACAACAAAGAAGUGCUGAUCAGUGCAGGUUUCAGUAAACAAAUGUCCCUGUAUGUGAGAGUGUGUGCAUGACUCAGAUAUGAGUGUCUCAGUUACUGGUACUGUUCAGUCCACAUCUGCAGCCUUUAAUGCUUUGCUGUCUGAAACUGGUGUUGUUUAUGUCUAUUUUUGAACAAACAUUUCCUUUUCCUACUUCAGCAUUUCUAUCUAUAUCUGUCAGCAGUUGCACUCAAUUGCAGUUUCUUUGAGACCAAAGAAGUCAGACAUGUUCUGCUUCCUUUUUUACUCUGUUAGGUUAAAGUGAAAUCUAAUGUGCUGUCUGCUUUUGUAAUUGAAUCUGUUCUACUCUAAGGAAAAUGUGAAGAGAGAAUUUGGAAAAUCUAACAAAAACACAUUCCAUGAAGAAACUUUCGGACAAAAAAAAGACAGAUUUUGGGCGAAAGAAAGACAUGCAAGGUGAAAAGGAAAUGGGGUGAAAAACCAUUAGGGAAGUGCUUGAAACCCCAAUCAGGUUUCAGAAUGAGACUUUCCUCUCAUGUUCCAGAGCUGCAUGAUAAGUUAAAUGCCAGGCAUUUCACAGAGGUGGACUCUUAACACGCAUGUGUGACCGGGUGAGGUGCAGGAACUUCAGUUUCAGUCUCUGGAAUAACAGAUGGUGUUUUUCCGUAAGUAAUUUGUCACUUGAUUUAAGGGAAGGGGACUGAAAAAUGUUAAUAAAAGCAAUGAGGCUGAA